AUGCCGCAAGAGAUCGCGCGUCAGUGGUUCAUACCUGGCGAGGGGAUUGACCGCCAUGUGAUUUCCGCGGACAUUCAGAGAUAUCUGGGCAACGAUGCGACUGUUCGCCCAGGACUUGGAACGGGAGAUAACCAGGGAAUCAACGGCUACUGGAUCAAGGCCUACCGAAAUCUCACAUCUGCCAUGAUCGCAGACCUUCGCGCAGACUCUGCUCGCUGGCGUCAAGAGCAGCGCCAGACUGGCACUCGAGAACCUUAUGUAGGAUCAUCGACGUACCAUGCGUCUAGUGCGAGUCGGACAACGCAAGGCGGCCGCCGGGAAGGAGGAAACUCGCCAUCCUUGGAGGGGCCAUAUGGAUUGCCAUCAUCGUCGCGGGAUAGGAUACCUGUGGACAACCGUAUGCAGAUUGAUCCGCCGCCGCCCAGUAGAGGCUACCAGCCGGAGAGUCGCGUGCCGUACCCACCGGACGGCAGAGCAUUCCCCGUUGAAAAUAGAGGAUAUGCGCCGGACAGUAGGUCAUCGUAUCAACCAGAGCCCGCUGGGUUUGGAGGACGGGUCCCUGUGUCUGUACCAUUUGGCCAAGAACCACGGUAUGCUCCAAGCUACCCGCAAUCCAAUGAUGGUGCCCCGCCAGGAUAUGUCCGACAAGGCAACUACUAUGUGCCCAUCUCGUCCUAUGAGCCUGCUCCCUCUAUCCCAAGUAGAUCGGAACAAUAUGGACCCGGCGCGUUUGGCGGUCAGCCACAGCAGAGGAAUGAGCCACGAGACCCCAGAUAUCAACAGCCGGAAUACGCGGACCCAAGGUAUGCAUACCCUAGUCCGGCUGCGACUGUGUCGUCUGUGUCUGCUCGUGAUCGAGAGCCAAUUCCGGCGCCGCAACAACCAAGUCCGUAUGGCUCGAUGCCACCCCAGCAAUACGAUCAAUAUGCCCGGCCAGCCCCAAGCAAUCCCCCUGCAUCAUCCAAUCCCAACCGGAGCAGUGGAUUUGGACUUCUCGGAGGCCGUCCAACAGGAUCCUCGCAGGCCAAUGAACGUCGUUCUCGGAGAUGA